UCAUUCCAAUCUGUAUUUUAGGAGCACCUCUUACCCUGUGGGGAUGGGUUAGAGAGAGCAGGAUAGGGAUUGGGAGGCUAUUAUGGCUGGGGAGAAGAAAACCAUGAGAUGCAGGGCCUGGGGGAGCAGGAGGAGGAAGGGUUCAGGGUGCUGCACAUUUCCUGCUGGGUCACUACGUGGUGGGGAGCAGGGUUUUGUGUGUAGGCAGUCUGGAACCAGAGGAUGUGUAGUUGUGAACACGUGUCUGGGGGGAAAUGACUGCAUAGCCCAGAAGAGAAUCAUGGCUUGAGGUGUGGACAGGAAGCUAAGGGGUAGGGCUCAGCUUUCCAUGAGAUCAGGAGGCCCUAGACGGAGCCCCAGAGCUACCAGAGGAAAAGGAGCCCUAGAAGGAGAUGGAGGAGGAGCAACCACAGGGAGAGGAAGAGGACAGGAGGGUGCAGCUCCAAGAGGGGUCAGGCAGGAUGAGGACUGAAAACUGUCCUCAAGCCUGGGCCCCAGGUAGGCCUGGGGUUGGCUCUGGAAGCUCAGCGGUGUCCAUGUGUCUGCAGGGACCUUAAAGGAUGCACGGUGGUCGGAGCUGUGACUCGGAGGACGAAUCCUGGGCACUUUAGAAGAAUAAAGGUGUUGAAUGAGGAAGCAGCAACGUGGGAAGUGAGGCCAUAGUAAACACAGUUGUGAAGGAACUAUUUGCCAUGGAAGCCAGGGAGCUGGAGAGCCCUACACCCACAUACCAUCUCAUUCCUGAGGCCAGCCGGCCCAGGGAGGAAGAAGAUGUCAGCAUGCUGCCUCAGCGGUCCACAGAAACUAUGCAGCUAAAGAAGGAGAUCUCUCUGCUGAAUGGGGUCAGCCUGGUGGUGGGCAACAUGAUCGGCUCAGGAAUCUUUGUCUCACCCAAGGGCGUGCUGGUCUACACUGCCUCCUAUGGGUUGUCGCUGAUCAUAUGGGCCAUUGGUGGGCUUUUCUCCGUUGUGGGUGCCCUUUGCUAUGCAGAACUGGGGACCACCAUCACCAAGUCGGGGGCCAGCUACGCUUAUAUUCUAGAGGCCUUUGGGGGCUUCAUUGCCUUUAUCCGCCUCUGGGCCUCCCUGCUAAUUGUUGAGCCCACCAGUCAGGCCAUUAUCGCUAUCACCUUUGCCAACUACAUCAUCCAGCCCUCCUUUCCCACCUGCGAGCCCCCGUACCUGGCCUGCCGUCUCCUCGCUGCAGCCUGCAUGUGUCUGCUGACGUUUGUGAACUGUGCCUACGUCAAGUGGGGCACACGUGUGCAGGACACAUUCACUUACGCCAAGGUCCUGGCACUCAUUGCCAUCAUUGUCAUGGGCCUUGUUAAACUGUGCCAGGGACACUCUGAGCACUUUCAGGAUGCCUUUAAGGGUUCCUCCUGGGACUUGGGAGACCUCUCUCUCGCCCUGUACUCUGCCCUCUUCUCUUACUCAGGUUGGGACACCCUUAAUUUUGUAACAGAAGAAAUCAAAAACCCAGAAAGAAAUUUGCCCCUGGCCAUUGGGAUUUCUAUGCCGAUUGUGACACUCAUCUACAUCCUGACCAACGUGGCCUAUUACACAGUGCUGAGCAUUUCAGAUGUCCUUGGCAGUGAUGCCGUGGCUGUGACAUUUGCUGACCAGACAUUUGGCUUGUUUAGCUGGACCAUUCCCAUUGCUGUUGCCCUGUCCUGCUUUGGGGGCCUCAACGCAUCUAUCUUUGCUUCAUCAAGGUUGUUUUUUGUGGGCUCCCGUGAGGGCCACCUCCCGGACCUUCUCUCCAUGAUCCACGUUGAGCGUUUUACACCCAUCCCUGCUUUAUUGUUCAAUUGCACCAUGACACUCAUCUACCUCACUGUGGAGGAUGUCUUCCUGCUCAUCAACUACUUCAGCUUCAGCUACUGGUUCUUUGUGGGCCUGUCUGUCGCUGGACAGCUCUACCUUCGCUGGAAGGAGCCCGAGCGGCCCCGGCCUCUCAAGCUGAGCCUGUUUUUUCCCAUCGUGUUCUGCGUAUGCUCCUUGUUUCUGGUGGUUGUGCCCCUCUUCAGUGACACCAUCAAUUCCCUCAUUGGCAUCGGGAUUGCCCUCUCUGGGGUCCCCAUCUACUUCCUGGGUGUUUAUCUGCCAGAGUCCCGGAGACCACUCUUUAUUCGGAAUGUCCUUGCUGCUAUCACCAAAGUCACCCAGAAGCUUUGCUUUUGCGUCCUGACUGAGCUAGAUGUAGCUGAAGAGAGACAGGUUGAGAGGAAAACUGAGUAGAGGCCAGAGGUGAUAUCCCCUGAGGCCUGGAAGGCUGCUACCUGUGGCCACAGCCACCGAAGUCCAGAUGACAAGACUGUGUGGACCCAACUCUCUUAUACUCAAGGAGGGCUGUUGGCUCACAUUAUGUAAGGGGGCUCAGGGCUGAUGGCCUGCUCAGGUGGUCACUCUCAUCGGUAAGCUAUGGGUCUCAGGGUCUGGGGCCAGCCCGAAGGUGGGGACUUCAGAGGGUGGUGGUGGCAGAGGGCUCGGGGAAUAGGGGAAUGGUUGCUUAGUUUUGUUCCUGGUGAGUAGGUGCAGCCCUUGCAAACACUUACUUGGUGAGCUGCAUUGGGGGAAGAGGGAGUGCUAGGUUAAUAGCUGUGGCUGGUGGUUUCCGAAUUUAUUUGAGGUUUGAACCAGGAGUUUCUACAAAGGGGCUGCUCUAUGGGAAGUUUUCCUCCGACCAGGUCCAAGCAUCUGACAUUAGAGGCCUGAAAUGCUACCUUUCUUCCUCUGGCUCAAAAUCCUUCCCUGGUGAAAGAGUUGUAUUCUAUUAUUUAUUGAUAUUAUUUAAUCCAGGACACCAGUUCUAGCAAAGCAUUGGUGUUCAUUAAUCUACAGGAUGCAGUAGGCUGAUUGUGUUUAAAAAUUCAAAGUAUCCCAAAGCAAGUCCCUCUGACCUUAGAGGUGUCUAUGUGGUGGUGGUGGGUCAGACUCUGACCACAGAUUGUUCUGCUCGGUUUUAGCACAGUCUUCUGUUGAGUCUUACCUGCAGAGGUGAACUUUAAAGAUUUUUUACUCAUGUACCAGUUACACUUCAGUAUACAGAUAGGUCACAUGUUACAAGCACCUGGCUCAAGUUCCACAAGGACGGGUGAACAAAUUCAUGAGUCAGAGGUCUGGUAAUAUUGCUAUUUUGAAAGAUAAUCCUUUAUUUUACUUGAGACCUUAGGUCUUUGUUCUAGUUGACAAAAAGCAAAUCCCUGGGUUUCUGGUAUGAACUCUAAAAGGGGAGAAACUGUCCUAGGAUUCAGGUGAAUCACUUGAAUUCUUUUAGCUGUCAAUGGUUUAGAGAACAUCUCCUGGACCCAAACUGACAAGUAGCUUGCUCUGUAAGGGCCGGUAUGAGGGGCUGCUGUGCAGGCCCAUGCAAGCCCAUCUUGGUGCUAGAAGUGGUCAUUUUUCUGAAAACCUCACACCAGGCUGCAUCCUCCUCCUCUUCUGUCCCUGACACCAGGCUUGUUUUACAACUGAGCCACCUUGGUGUGGAUCAUCGGGAUAAUGCACUCAUCUCCUGCCUGCCUCCCCUUGCCUGAGGUCUGGUGGGGCUGCAGUCUCAGGAAGAGCUUGGUACUUUGGAGACUUCUAUUUUCUCUGUGGAGAUCAGUGAAGACUCUGGAAAUAAAGCUGCUUCAACCUCCA